AUGGAUGGUAUUCGUCACGCUCAUUCCAAGCUACGCACAUUUCAUAAUCGAUCGGCACAGCUCUGGCAAAACAAGCCCGGACUCUUGUUGGGCAACAAGAUGGCAGCGACUAUUAAGACUGGCGGCAUAUUUGGAACCAGCUCACCACGGCGGGCACACCUGGCGGACAUUCAGUUUGAGAAAAUCGCCUAUUCGCGAGACCGCAUGGCAUGGGCCGGAGCGGUGAACUGCAAUAAGAAAUACAUGGUGCAGCUGGCAAAGAACUGCAAUAAGAGAUCAGAAGCGACUGGUGCAGCCGAGGAAAGCAUGUGA